AUGAGCAAAUUGAGUGUCGCCAUUCUACUGACAGCCAUUCUCGCCACUGCCAUGGCUGGUGGGCUCGGCUACGGUGGAUCUGUACUUGGUUACGGCGGUGGAGGUUAUGGCGCUGGGUCAUACGGUGGCGGCUACGGCCUCGGUGGAGGCUUGGGAGCGGGGGGUGUGGGAGACGGAGGCGCAGGCAUCGGUGGCAGCGUGGCCCUUGUGCGUGGCUCACCCGGAUUGUAUAGGGCUGUGCCUGGUCCAGCCUUCUUGGUCAGAACCAUUCACCAAGUAAACAAGCUGUCCAGUGGUGGAGCACUGGUUGCACACUCCGGCCUCGGGGCCGAAUCAUAUAGCGGAUACGGAGGCGGAUACGGAGGCGGAUACGGAGGCGGCUACGGAGGCGGCUACGGUGGCAGCUACGGAGGCGGCUACGGUGGCGGCUACGGUGGCGGCUACGGAGGCGGCUACGGAGGAGGCUACGGAGGAGGCUACGGAGGAGGCUACGGAGGCGGCUACGGACGUGGCUACGGUGGCGGCUAUGGUGGCGGCUAUGGAGGCUUGGGAUAUGGAGCUGGUUAUGGAGGGGGUUCAGGAUACAGUCGUGGCUAUGGAUACAGUGGCUACGGGUACAAAGGUUAAUUGCGUACUUUGUUCACACAAGAACUUUUAUCUCUUACAGAAACGUAACAACACCGAUUUGCUAAGGGCUUGCGUAAGUCACAUUUUAGUGCUCUAAAUGUUCCAAGGCUCAAAGGGUUCACCGUUAGUAGCUACCCAUACCACGUUUACCUGAUAUAGUGUAAACAAGUUUGUUUGCAAUGGUGGCAUAAUUAAUGGCAUCGGUAUAAUUAUACAAGAUGACUUUCAACUUAUAUUUAACCAAGGCGAUUGAAUUCCCUUGUUUUUACAGCAUUCUUCCACUUUCUGUUUGCCUUCAAGUCAUGUCAAUCCUAAUAAUCAUUUUAGGUACAGUGACAUGUCUCUAUAGGCUCUAAAUGCCAAGUUGAAGUUUUCGCAGCCUAGGUUUGCAAAUUUGAUGACUCGUUGAACUCAUAAACUUUUGAAAGUUCCAUGCGUACACCAACGCCAUCGAACAAAACAGCACUGAUGGAUACUCGAGCAGCCCUUCAGUUUGUGUGUGUCUGUGAUAUCGAAGGACCAAAUAAAUAUUUAUCACUGUAA